GAGGGAGAGAGAGGUUUCGGUGGUCCGCCAUGACUGAAGCUUGAUUGAUCCAGGAAACACAUUUGGGGAGAAAGGGUGAUUAUAUAUAGGGGAAGAGGGUGCCUUUUCAUUUUCAUUAGUACCUGCGAGUUGGUACUUUGGUGGCGAAAACGAGUGAAGAAGGAAAGAGGAAAUGUUUGGGGGCGGCCAUCCAGGGAAGUUUGGGGCGAGGGGCGGUGGCCGCGCGGGCGGCGGAACGGCGCCGAAACGACCCGGGAUGGUCCCUCACCACCACACUUCCUUCCCAACGCCUCCACAGCCUCCGGUCCGUUCCUCCUCUCGACCUCCCAGCAGUGCCGGUGGCAACAACGGCGGCCAUCCCGCCCCUGCCGCGGACGAAACUUUCCGCCUCGAGACCUCCUCGCCUCUCAAUUUUGGUAUGCUAAUUCGCCUUGCCCCUGACCUCGUCGACGAGAUCAAGCGCGUCCAAGCCCAGGGAUUAAAUGCGAAGAUUAAGUUCGAUAACAACCCCAACAAUUCAUCAGGAAACGUUAUUGAUGUUGGAGGCAAGGAAUUCAGGUUCACUUGGUCGAGGGAGCCAGGUGAUCCAAGUGAUAUUUAUGAAGAACAUCGAAGUGGAGUUAAUGGAAAUGGCUUGCUUGUGGAGUCUGGGUCAGCCUGGCGCAAGCUGAAUGUGCAAAGAGUAUUGGACGAGUCCACCAGAGGUCAUGUGAAAAUGAGAUCUGAGGAAGCUGAACGCCUUCAGAAAUCUCGAAAGGCUAUCAUUUUGGACCAUGGGAAUCCAUCUGUUAAGAAUCAUGUCAGAGCACUUGCUGCUCCUCCUCCCGAAGUUAAUGGGAGAAGGAUGGCUUUCAAACAAAAGAAGGGACCUUUACAAAAGAAGCAAAAAGUUGAACCAAGUGCAGUUGCAACCACAGUAACCACACCAUCUAAACCGGUUCAGAAACUGCCAGUAACUUCUGCCGGCUCUGCUGGUAAAACUAGGUCAUCAGUUUCUCCUGUACCAUCUCCCAUUACGAAUGCUACUAUUCCAUUACAAACCCCAACAUCUCCUACUGGAAAUGUCAGCACUGUCAGGGGGAGUAAACUUGGAGAUGAUGUCAGUGGUAGCCGUAUGGCGGGCUCCUCUAAUGGUGCCAGCAAUGAAAAGGAUUUGUCUGGGAGGUUUGGUCCAGCUUCCUUGCAUGAGAAUGUUAAAGGUGGUAUAGGUUCUACACAAAUGGACCUGCGAAGUUUCUUGAUUUCCUUGCUUAUGGAAAAUCCAAAAGGAAUGACCCUGAAGGCCUUGGAGAAAGCUGUUGCAGAAGCAAUUCCCAACCAUGGGAAGAAGCUUGAGACGACUAUCAGAACAAUUGCAAAUUAUGUAGCCCCAGGAAGAUAUUUUCUAAAGGAAGAUGUUGAAAAAGAAGUGACAAAAAGAUCCUCUCUAGAGAGUGGAAGGUCUCCCAUUUGUCCAAGUGGUGCAGUGACUGCAGUCACUGGUGGUUCAAAUUUCAUAGAGAAGACCACACCUGAAGAAUUUCAGCAGCUGCCUCGUUUAGAGCCGGAGUCAACAGAACCAAUUGACUUUAAAGACACAGAAGCACACCAAGAAUUAAUUGAUGUUUUUGAUGAUAACCAAAAUAUUAUUACUGAAGAAGAAAAAGUCUGCAGCAGUUCUAGUGAGAGUGGAAGUGAAAGUGAUAGUGAAAGUGAUAGUAGUGACAGUGGAAGUAUUAGCAGGAGCAAAAGCAGAAGUCCUGUAAGUGCAAGUAGCAGUGACAGUGAGAGUGAUGGCUCAUCUAGCAGUCAAGAAGGAUCUGAUGUUCAUGUCGACAUCAUGGAUGAUGAUGAUGAUGGAAAUGACGAAGGUCUGCACAGAUUUCAGGGCCCUGAUUCACGGUUAUCAUCCUCACCUUUUGCUUGCAGAAAGAGUGAUGAUUAUGAACAAGAUGAGCAGCAUGGCUUCAGCAGUCAACUUCCCACAUCUCCUCUAAACUUGGAGGAGGUUGGAACUCAUGAUGGUGUGGUUAAUAUAAUCCAACCUGCAAGUUUUUCUCCUGCUUCAGAGAGAAUGAAGGGAAGCUCAGAAGACAAAGUAGAACUUGUGUCAAAGGAAGUACCAGUUUUAAACGUUACCAAGGAUGAUCAUCUAGAAGAACUGGUGCCAAUUUCCUCAAACAACCAUGAGAGUAAAUUGAAUAAAAAAGAAUGUGGUGAGAGUGUGAAUGCAAAUAUCACUUUGAAGAUUGCUGAACGUGGUACUAAGGAUGGGAAAGAGACCAGGGGGACCUUUGGUACAACCCCCGAAAAGCCUGAGAUGGAUGAAGUAGUUCCUGUUUCUAGCUCAAGGACACGUGCUGAUGUUGUCCACUCACAGGACUAUGCAUUGAACGCUAAGAGGGAAGAAGGUCUGAAAGCCGAGGGCAGAACUCUCCCAUCUUCAAAUUGGAAAGGUAGAGAUGCUAGUUAUGCAUUAGGUCCACGCUUUAGUUCUCCUGAGAGAUUAAUGGAGGACUUCACAGCAUAUCCUUCUGGGAAUGUGGAUAACAAUUCUGAGAAAGCAGUUGAAUUGGUAACUAAAUCAAAAUACAGCAACUUGCAGCAGAAGAAACAUAGUGAACAAAGUAGAAAGCCUACAAAAGAGGAAAAAUUUAGAGCAACCCCACAUCAAUCAAAUACAAAUGAUGUUAAGAAUGCAGUUAUUACCGAGAACAAAGGUAAACUACGAAGAGAGUAUUCUGAUCUAGAAAUUGGUGAAUUUCGAGAGCCUAUUUUCAAUGAGGAUUCUCAGGAUCACAAGAAACAGUUGGAGCGGAAAAGUUCUUUUGGCAGAACGGAAAAAAUUGAUUCAUCAGAGAAUACGUAUGUGGAUCCUGGUUAUCAGAAAAAAAGGAAAAAAGGUGCUGUUGACUCUACAAAACCUUCCCCACAAUUUUCAGAUCCUGGUGGUCAGGGUUUUGUAGUUAGCCAGUCAGGAACAAAGUUGCCUGAAAUGAACACUCUUAAUCAGACAAAGCAACAAAAUGUUUCUGGAGCUCUUCAUCUAACAAUGACAGAUCUGGUUGAUGUUGACAGCCCAUCUCAGUUAGGAAGAUCAUCCUAUACAAAGACUGGAAAAAGUGAUGCAAAAGCCGGUCACAAAGUUUUAUUACCUGGGGAUCGUGGAAAUUCUGAGAAGAGGAAUUCUGCGAAUGUAUCGCAUCCACAAGACACUAAAGUUCCCAGAACGUCUGUAGGAAUUAAACCAAAGAAAUCAAACCUACUUUCUGACUCAGUCUCCAGCAAACUGGAUAUUUCCCAAAAAGAGAAUAGGAUAUGUGGCAAAAAGAGAACAUAUGUUCCCACGGAUGAACAGUAUGCAAUAUAUGAUAAAGAUAAACCAGAAUUGAGGGAAGCAAUUCAAACCGACUCUCAAUAUAAAGAGUAUACGAAGGAGUACUGUGAGAAGUAUAGUUGUUACUGCUCUUUGAACAAGGCUUUGGAAGAUGACAGGACACACUUUCAGAAACUCGGCUGUGAUCUCGAACUUGCGAAAGAUAGGGAUAAAGAUACAUAUGACAAUGCCCUUGGUCAGUUACGUAGAGCAUACCAACAGUGCGCGGAGAGACAUAGGCAGAUGAAGAAGAUAUUCAUUGUACUUCAUGAAGAAUUGAAGCAUCUCAAAAAGAGAAUAAAGGACUAUGCAGCUGUAUAUACGAGGGAGUCGUCCUUGAAAUAGUGUUCGUAUCCGAUGUGUCAUUAUCUUCUGUGGUUCGCUUUUCUCGUGGUCCAUCCUAUUCUUUGUUUUGUUCAUGUAAAUAUGCGGAGUAUGUUCAUCACCUUUUUGGUUUUCGUUCUUUUGUGCUUAAAUUUUGUCUCGAAAGAAAUUCGACGAGGUGUAGAUGUUGGCUCAAUUGUAAAUAUUGCAGAUGGAAAUUACCAUCAAUAACAAAGUUAAUCAAUAGCAGAUAAUUAGUUGAUUCUGAAUAAUGUUGUUAAAAAAGUAAAACGACGGAUUAGAUGUAAUGAAAUUGAUUA